AUGCGCUUCCAGUCGCGUGCACCUACAGAUACCAUCCACGAACUUCUCUCCGCCGACGACUGCGCCCUCAAGGACAUCUCCGAAGAAGGCAUGCAAAGGAGCAUGGAUCUCCUCGCUGCUGCCUAUGACAAUUUUGGCCUGAUCAUCAACACGGAGAAGACAAUGGUUAUGCACCAACUACCAGCCGACGCUGUCUACGUUGCACCCCAAAUCAACGUGAACGGCACCCAACUGCAAGUUAUGGACAACUUCGCCUACCUAAGCCGCAUCCUUUCUCGCAAAACCAAAAUCGACGGUGAAGUAGCCUGCCGGUCAAGCAUUCGGCGGUCUGCAAAACACAGUUUGGAAUCGACGUGGUCUCCGCCUUAG